CUGAAACCUCACGCCGUUUGGAGGAAGGUGUGAAAAGUGUCUUUGUCACUAUUGUUUGAGUUCAUGGCAUUGCUCACAAGAUGAGCAUGCUUAAUCCUGCCAAAUCGCCGUGACAAACAUCUUCAUACACCCAAGUGUCAAAAGCAUUGAGAACAUAAAUGUAAGUUGACCCCGAUGAACAGCAUAAGCAAAAUCAAGCACCGUCUCGCUGGUUUGACAGAACUAAUCGUAUCCCUUGUAAAUAUGUAUGCUAAGAUCGAUAUGUUGUGCGUAUUGGUUCCACCGCCAACCAGACUCAACGGACGGACAAUGACUUGGAGGAACUGACGAAACAACCAGGGAAAACAGAGCAAAAGAAGGUCGAUUGUGAGCAAGACGUGCGGAGAGUGACCUUUUAUACACUUGUAGAGGAAGUGGCCACCAAUAUUGAUUAACCAAUUCGAUUCACAAACCCCAGGAAUUUCCAAUCAACCCAAACUGUUCAAGGCCUGUUCCUCAGUUUUGUCUCAAAGUGAGCGAGUGGGGAACGGUUCUCGUGAGGAAACCAUUGGCCUACCUGUGCUCUCUCCAAGGCCCAGAAAAGGUUACAUUUAACGUGGUUCCACUUGAAAUCGAUAUGAGAGCCGUCCAGAUAGAAGUGGAGCAAAUCAAUAAUUAAUGAGGCAAGCCACAAUCCUGAAGAGAGAGACAGCCAUGAAGGAGGCCUUAAUUGCAUGAGGCUCAGUUUUUCUAUCUGUGAUACUCUGGAAAUAGUGACCUGAUUUGACGGCAACAAUGAACGACGAUGACAUCCGGAAAGAACGAAGAGCCAAGAUGUUGGAACUCCAACGAAGUAUGGACCACUCUGGCGUGGAUCCCAAUGUCAGAACAUCAGCUCCCAGUGUGAGACAAGUGGAUCAGUUCCAGGAACAAUAUGAAACUGCCGAUCGGAGGAAACGAUCCGCACCCAAAUUUUUCAAAGAGCAGCCCAAGAGCCACGGAUAUGGACGGCGUCCACAAGGGGAUCUUCAUUCGGAAGAUGCAACCCGGCGCAAUAUCUCGCAAAGGUCAGGAAACUCCGAGUUGUUCAUGGAAGAAAGCUUAGAUGCCGACAUAUCCAACGUCUUUGGGGAUGACAAAGAAUAUUUGUCCUUGACUUCUUCUAUGGGAUCAGUCAUGGAGCAUCAUGGGAACGUUUCCGGGUUUGGGCACAAAGGGAACAACAAUGACGGGGCCAUGAGAAGGCCAAGUCAAAGGCCCAAGUAUUCCAGUGCCCUUUAUGACUCUGGUUUUGGAACAGACAGGGUGGCUCAGGGUCAGUUUGACAUUCGAGAAGCCGAGGAUCAACUAGGGGCAAUCCAGUCUUUGAAUAAGCAACAGAUUAGAAAGUCUCAAAGUUUCGAUGUCAAAUCUGGGAUCCGACCUCGCGUCGACCGUCCCUCGUCCCAUACUACCAAAAUUUUGGAUGAAGAUGGAAACUUCGUGGAUUUGGAGGACCCAGGUUAUAUCUCAUCUCCAGGGUCCAAUCAAGUUCGAGGAGAUCUUUUAAGUCAGAGUCUGAAUGAUUGGAAGACGAGAUCCCACUCUGAUCUAACAGCCUCUUUGCGGUCCAAUGUAAGUGUGGGAGCCCAGGGGAAUGGUGCACGAUGUGUAUAUGACUCACGCAUAUUCAAUAUUCGGAAGCCCUCCAAAGUGGGCACCCUGAAAGUGGAUCAACCAGGCACGUCUGUAAAAAGACCUGACAAUGACACUGAAGCUGAAUACUUUGAGAAAAUGAAACAAAUGCACAAUCGGGGUGGCAAGAAAUCCCAAGAGGACAACCGCUUAUGCCAAGAACCCAAGAAGGCCAAAAACCGAGAGAGCUUCAAGGAGUUCCUCAGCAACAGCUUCAGCAAAACAUUUUCGAGAGGAUCCGCAGGAUCCAGCUCUCCACCUAAGACUGCUCCUCCACCGCAAAAUAACAGAAAUUUAUGGCCACCUCAAAGAGCUCCUUCGGAUGUUCCUCUUCAGGAGCAAAGUCAUCGCUCUCCGGCUCAUUUGGCCACAUUGGACAUCUCCUCUCAAUCAAACAACCGUUUCGAGCCUGAUCCCCUGGCAUCAAAUGACUGCAUCAACCUAACCAAUGAUACUGAGACGAAAACCACUUCAGCCUCAAGACCGCCUUUAAACCUAAGAUCCGCCUCUCCCAAUGGAAGCCUCCUCACAGCCUCCGAAUUUGGUGAAGUGGAUCGUCGAGGCCGAUCUCGAGGUCUCACUGCGGCUCAUCGUGCUCGAGACAUGUUCUCGUCGAGUUUUAACGGGCUCUUGAUUAUGAUCCCUGGGAUUGGAGGCAUGCUUGGGGGCAGCAAUGGAAGCAAUGCCCACAUGAAUGGAGGCUUGGAGAAUGGACCCGAAGGACGCUGGUCGAAUCAGCGGGAACCUCUCUCCCCGUAUGAUUCUUACGAGAAACGGGAUCAGGAUAAUCGACAGAAGUUGCCCUGUUGGACCUUGUUCCUUCUUUUGGCCGUGGACAUAUUCACUAUCAUUCUUUUGAUUAUACUAUUCUCACACCUCCACGAUAACAGUGCUCAUUGUUGUCAACAAGAGAUCGACACAAGUCGAGGGAAUCCUUUGCCUUUGGAAGGGACGAAUUUCUUUCCACCUAAGGCCAGAGCCAGCAAUGGUUCCAUGGAAAAAAAUUACACUUCUAUCACAUCUCAAAUCGAGAUCCGUCCCAGAGGCUUGGAUCCAAGUGGAAUUGUGUCCCCUGUCAUUUCAAGAUCGGACAAUCAGAACUCCACGGAAACCAGCGAUCCGGAGACCAACCCCACCACACCAUUCUCCACAACUCCUAUCACAGCAACAGUUGAAGAAAGUGGAUCUAUUGGCCUCAGAGGAUUAUUUAAUGCUGACAGCAUUCCUUCGAGUAGAAUGGAUCGAACACGAUUCAACCGAAUCGAGUCCGGCUCCAUCUCAUCGGACAGAGACUUUAGACUUAGCACCGACAGACAAUCACCCUUACAAAUCAAGCCAUUUUCGGAAUUGAUCCCCGCUUUUGACUUGAUUGAGGAAGACCCUAAUCCUGCCCUAUCAGGUUCCACCGACCCGCCCAUAGAUGGCGGGAGCAGUUUUCCUUUUGAUAAUCCUAUUCCUAAUGUUACAUCUAUCCAAACAAACUCGAAAACUGCCAUAACAGCAUCAACAACAACUACCACUACUUCUACAAUGACAACAACAACAACUACUACUACGACAACAACUACUACUACGACAAUAACAACAACUACUACUACGACAAUAACAACAACUACUACUACAACUACAACAACGACGACAACAACUACUAUCCCCGAUUACCAUAAGUCCUUGGAACGUGAAUUUGAUUAUUUGAAGCGUAGUCUACAGAAUGACCUGACACAAAUCGUCCAGGAUUUGAAGGCGCAACUUCGAUUACUUCACGAUGAAUUGGACGAGCUUAGACGUCCAGUCGCUUUUGCUUGUUACAAGUCAAGUCCUCAUUGGAAUGAGGGAAUCGUCACAUACACCCGUUGCAAUAUUCCCACGGAGGGAAUGGACAGAGAAAGUGGGACUUUUAAAGUUAAAAAGCAAGGAGUUUACCGAUUGUCGUUUACCGGGUUGUUCAAUGCCCAGAACGGCCAUCGGGUCACGGCUGACAUAAUGCGGAGAAACAGGAACAAUGUUCUCGACUUUCUCGGUCGAUCUGCGGCUGAGACCAAUGAAGCCGGUGCGGUGUUUGUUUUUGACGAUGAUCUUUUUGUCACGACCACAUUGGUUGUCAUGGAAAAACUGGAGGUUGGUGAUCAGGUUUACGUACGCAUAUCCCUUGAGGGCCACCAUGGUGAUUCCAAUGUCAAUUCUUUUGCCUCUGCCCCAUCAAUCCACUUCAGUGGACAUAUGAUUGGAAUAUAGUAUACACAAGUCUUAAACUACCACAACUGUAUUGAUUGAACCCUCAUGUGAUAAAUCAGACUUUUUUGAAGCCGAGUGAGAACUGAAAAAUAUACAAAUCAUUUAUUGUA